ACUGAGCACGCACUCCGACUCCAUGUCUCUUAUGGGCUAUCCUGGGCUUUGCAAUGCCACAUCUCACAGGACUCAUUGUUACAUCCCAGUGACUUCUGUUGCUCUUUGCUCCAGUGAUGUAAACUCUACCUUUGGACACUGUUUACCCAGUAACUACCAAGGCAAUCUCUGGCUCCUGGACCACUGCCAAGAAUCCUACUGUGAAGUGCCAAACUUUGAAUCUCCCAGCUGUGAGCCCAAGACCUGUACCACAGAUUGUGACUCCACAAACUCCUGUGUGCCCUGCAACUCCCCAUCCACAGGCCAAGUCGUCGGUGCCUGUGAAACUACCAACAUCAAAUCUGGCCCCAGCUGCAGCCCAUGUACUUGGACCAAGGGGUACGUAUCCAAUUGCUACAGGCCUGCUGGAUAUCCUUCCAGAGCUUGCCACACACUCCUGGAUGGCUCCAACUGCUUUGGGCAACUCAACUAUUUACCUAAGAAUUUCCGCCCUUUAAACAGCUACAGCCAGCUGGGUAGUUUGAAGUAUAGAAGCUACCAAGAUUCUGGUUUCAUCUCCAGGGGCUUCUCACCAUCAUGUUAUAUUGCCAGCAGCUACCAACCCCUAAGUUCUUUAAUGAGAAAUUGCCAGUAUCCAAAUUAUGGGUCUAUGAGUUACCGACCACUGAGCUAUUUAUCUAGAAACUUCCGAUCUCUGAGCUGUAUACCCAGUACCUUUCCACCUCUGAGGUAUUUAUGCAGUGGCAGCAGACCUUUGAAUUGCUAUUGACCAACUUAAAGCAUUUAAAUGAGCUAGAAUUUGCCCAAUAGGGCACAUUCUACUAAGUUGUAGGAUCUCUGAAAUGUAGAAUCCUUAGUAUUCUGCUGAAUCACUUUAUAUAUCUCAAGAAGUUUGUCACUUUAACUUCAAAUGGAAUAGAACCACAGCCAUUACUAUGGGUAGAUUUUUUUUUCUGUUGCUUUGUUAAUCCUCUUUGUGUUAAAAGCUUAUUCUCUGGAUAAAGUUAUCUAAGACAUACCAUAAUGGACUUACUGAAGAGAGUUCACAUGAAAUACAACCAUCAAUCACCAGCUUUCUUACUUUGGUUCCAACUACCACAUACCUGCCAAUGCGACUAUCACCAAACUUGUCUUCAUUACGUGGGGUUUCCUUGGUUUGGUGGUUGAUUUCAGAGCACAAUUUCUUUCAGAUGGUUUUGCUUUUCCUCAACAGUCUUGUCUAUGGCUUAACAAGCAUCUUGCUUGUGAACUGAGAGAGAGCAUUAUCUUAAACGUAUUGAGUGGGACCAUAACUUCCUUUCCCUACUAAUGGCUUAUAAAGAUGAGCAAAUAACAGUGGCCAACUUGAGCUCAAAUACAGAAGAAUUCAAGAAAUCUUCUCCGAAGAAGCCAUCAAACACAGGAUUGGCUGGCACUUGGUUUUUUUCCUCAAUGCCUGGGAGAAAGCCUCAGAAGUGAUUGAAGCACGAAAGUUAUUUGUGAAAACAAUGACAGAACACUGUGGUAGACUCUUUAAAGUUAGUGUUGGACUAUGUUCAGGAUUCUCUUCUAAUCCUGCCCUGCUGAAUGACUGCAUCCUGAUUCUGGAAAA